AUGUCCUCUCCUCUCUCCUCUCGGCCAUAUCGGUCAAAACGUCAGCGCCCGUGUGAUCAAUGCCGUGCACGCAAGCUGGGAUGCCAGACCGACGGCGGAGGUGCCUGUCAACGAUGCCGAUCGGCCAAGUUUGACUGUACCUUUGAUAGACCUCCACCAAAACGACAGCGAAGUUCGGGCAGCUUUUCGUCCUUCGCUGCACAGGGAGCUGGAGAAAAUGCACAUGCAGUUGUCUCACAACUAUGCGACACCCAAGUUACCCGCGAGUCUAGUCUGGCAAGGAGCGUCUCGCAGAAUAUCGAACCGCAAUUCCCGUCUCUUAGCCUUGAUCCAAACAACACCGGUUUAUCUCCAUCCUCUGGUAUUUUAGUACCAGGGAGACCGCCUCCUACCCAGUUUGUGCAGAGCAUUGAUCAACUGGAAAGCGGUUAUGCCCAGCUUUUUGGCGCCUCGGCUGAAUCAGACCCGUGGUUGUUGCGACACUGCUGCUUUGAUGACUCCGGCAUGAAAUAUUUUUACAAAGUACACUUUCGCAAUGCUGGAGGGGUCCCUACGGCGCAAAGAAUUCCAGUACACUUCAUGAUCACGAGUGAGGACCUCACCGCCAGCAUCAAGCAUGAAACUAGGGCUGGAGUCGGGGAAGCGACACGGGAACGGCUGAACUAUCUCGUGCCUCCUGAAUAUGGAAGGAGAUUAGUGGCACUGUUCGUCAAGUAUGUCUUCCCUGCUCUGCCAGUCAUUUCCCGCUCCCAGCUAGGCUUGACUGCCACCUCAUACCAGCUACCGGAGCUGUCGGUAUUAGAAAAAGUCCCCGUGCAUCUUCUAGCAGCUAUCUAUGCAUCCGCAUUCCCAUUUGUCGCCCAUGAUGACUAUUUGUGUGUUCUAAGUACCUAUCAUGAGCCGCCCAUCGAGACACUAUGGCGAAUGGUCUACGAACUCAUCACCGAAGAAAUUCACAGUCCACGGUUAGCCGUGCUGCAGGCAGCAUUGCUGUACAUACAUCAACAGCCGGGAGAGGAGGCCCGCCAUAAGACCUCCGAUACCCCCUUCUUGUGGUCCUUCGUCGGGCAAAUCGUAGGGCUAGCCUGCUCCCUCGGCCUCCAUAUCGAAUGCCGCAUGUGGGGAAUUCCGGCAUGGGAGAAACGUCUUCGGCGGCGGUUGUGGUGGGCCGUAUAUGCCGAAGACAAAUGGCGCAGUUUAUUGAUGGGUCGGCCACCAUACAUCCACCCCGCCGAGUGGGAUGUAAGUGACUUGGACGAAGGUGACUUUCUAGUAGGCCCGCGACAGGGAUUCUCAACCAGUUCCUGUGAUACGGAGAUUCCAUUUCGGUAUCUGGUCAAUCUCACACGAAUCGGCGAAGAGAUCCAUGAUACAUUCUACACGCUCCGAGCGUCCCAGCUUCUCAACGCAAACUUUGUCGCCUCCGCCGAGGUUGGCCGAGAACUAUUGGAAAAGUUGAACGGCUGGUAUUCCUCUCUUCCACGGACCUUCCGGCUACCCAACUGGAGCAAAUCAGUCAACGGGCUAGCUCCAUAUCCGACAUCAAUACACUUCGCCUACCUCUUGCUCGUGGUCUAUGUUUACCGCGCGAUGCUAAGACCCAUGGCAAGGUCAUCUGAACCACCACUGAUAUUCGAUUUGGAGGAUAUGUCGGCCACAUCACCACUCAACAUAGAUGAGUCCAUGCUAGACUUUAUGGAUUUCCCGGAAAUUGAAUCAUUGCCCGAGAUCGCCAUUUCCGACGAGUUCGGUACCGGUGAGGCAACUCUACAAGCAGCGGAGAAAUGCGCCUCGGUACUGGUAAACUUCACGCGACGACUGACGUCUAGUGAUUUUACGGGGUUUUGGUAUUCAUGGUCCCGCAUUGGCUUCGCUGCAAUAUCAAACUAUCUUAUGUUGCUGCUAGUACAGGCUCCAAAUACGGCACAUGCGGCUCGGGGAAAGCAUUUGGUGGACUCAUGGCUACACGUUCUGCGCUGCCAAAGUCAGAGCUUCCCACUUGUGAAACUUGGGCUUGCGAGAUUAGAUGCGCUUCAUUGGGCUGGUCUGGGGAAUACAUUCGUGCUCCCUCCGCAUGUUCAAGAGGCAUUGGUGAAUCCUGAUGUACACGAGCCUUGA